CACCAAUUCGAGUUCACAACACCAGCCAUGUCGAACCAAGCAGCACCCGCAGAAACAGUACUGGACGUGCAGGCGCAGAUCAGCGAGCUGGCGCAGCGCAAGGCGACGGCGCAGACGCACCGCGGGCAGGAGAGCCAGGUGUCCGCGGCCAAGCUGGCGAAGAAUAAACGGUUGCCAGCGACGAUGAUUACGCCGGGCGGCAAGAUCGAGGUGUCGAAGAAGUCCAAGCGCGGCAAGAAGAAGAAGACGAGCGAGACGGCCAAGGAGAAGGCGCUCGACCGCAUCGAGCAGAUGGCUGUCAAGGUCAAGCAGAUCGAAGACCGCAAGGCUAAGCGGCAGCGUGCGAAGACGGCUUGGGAGUAGGUAGUCUGCGGCGCCAUCUGCACCUGCGCCCUCGCGAUGCUGCAACCCAUGCCGUGCUUGCGCACCGCUGCUAGAGACUGAGAUAGAUCUGACUUGUAUGUAUUGAUGCGCAUCGG